CCUGAACGCAACUCUUCCGGCACUGAAAUGUUAAAUCGUCUCGCUUCGCCUUCCGUAGAACACAGUAGUAAGAAUCAGAAAAAAUAACACAGAAGAAGCGAAUUUCCUGCAAAGACUGAGAUUUUAGAGCUCUGUAGUUUCUCACCGAGUGGCUUUUUUAUGAUUUACAUGAGUCUGUAUUGAACUCAGACGGCUUUGUGGACUAUUUGCUGCUGUUUACAAACACGUGGAUUCACCCUCAGUUUGGAACCGGCUUUUAUUCGGACUACAGAGCCGCUGGAGUUAACCCGGAAUUCAGAUUAUGGACCACCUGCCAGAUAAUAACUCCAGGUACAAAGACGUUGAAUACUGGGAUGAAAGAUACAAGACGGAGCAGUGUUAUGACUGGUUGGGGAGCUUCUCCAAAUUCCAGCAUCUUUUGGAAAAAAUCGUCAAGAAAGAAGACUCCAUUCUGAUACUGGGUUGUGGAAACAGCAGCAUGAGUGGCGACAUGUACCAUGCCGGCUACCGUACCAUCACCAACGUAGAUUACUCCUCAGUGUGCAUCAGUGCAAUGAAAGAGAGGUACAGCAACUGCCCAGGUAUGACCUGGCACCAGAUGGACGUUCGCCAGCUCUCCUUCCCCGAUGCGUCCUUUGAUGUCAUCCUAGAGAAAGCCACGCUGGAUGCCAUCAUGGUGGAGGAGAAGACUCCUUGGGAGGUUUCCCCUCAAACUGCCAGUUUCAUUCACCAAGCACUCACAGAGAUCAGUCGCUGCUUGAAGCCUGGAGGUCGGUUUGUCUCUGUUACCUUUGCACAGCCCUUCUUUCGGAAACGCCUCUAUGCUCGCACCGAGUACAGCUGGUCGAUCAGUCAUCACAGUUAUGGAGAAGGCUUUGAGUAUUUCAUGUAUGUGAUGACCAAAGGAGAGGAACUUAGUCCAGAAGAUGCAGCUCUGGAGAAAAAACUACUUGAAGACACUAAAUCUCCGCCUACUGGCAUCACUACAACACAUAAUGAAGAUAAGGAAGACUUCCUGUCUAACAUUGACUUGUAAGGUGACUGGAUUUAAUCAAGGAAUCUUAGGAUGAUGUUAUCCCUAACACUUCCUUUAUAAGGUGGCUCUAUACUGUGAUGAUGACUUCAGGAACUCAAACGCAAACAGAUAAUUUUAUGUUUUUAUGUCAUGAUUGUAAUUCAUACCGGCACACAUUUUCUAUAUUUUUAAUUUAGGAAAAUUAGAUAGCUGGAUUAGAAUCCAUCUUAAAUGAAUAAAUCAUUUAAAUAGAUUUCAGAAAUCAGGCUGCCUCUCAACAGGGACACUCAGAUUCAUGUGCAUGUUAGUUCAGGUGCUAUAUAAAGGAAUGAGGAAACUGGAGAGAGCAUCAGAAAAAGAAAGAAUGUUUUCUGCAGCAGUGCCUGAUCAAAAGUGUUUUACAAUAUUUUAGAAGACAAAAUGUUUCUUUUACAUUCAGGAAAAAGGGUAAAAUGGUUGUGCCAAAUGCAAAAAUAAAUAAAUAAAUGAAACAAGCAUUAAUCUCUAAAUAACAAAAAACCCUGUAACUUAUCUAAUUUUAAAUAACUUUUAAAACUACCCAUAUUGCAGUGGGGCCAAUAUAAAGUAAUUUUUUAUUUUUUUAAAAAAAUCACCCACCUUACUUGUGUGUUCUUGCCCCACCACAUACUUCUUAAUUUUACAUUUUACACUUUUAACAUCUACAACAAAUACACAAUAUAAAAUACCACAUACAGAACACAGUGCCCUUAAAGGUCCUAUUUUGUACCAUUUUUUUUUUAUCAAUGUCCCCAGAAUUUGUCUUUUUAGCUCAAAAUACCACAAAUUUUUAAAAAAAAUUUUUUUAGCAUGAUUGUGUAACACCUGGUGUUAUCUCUAUUUUAAACAGGCUGUUUAAGUGUCUGUAGCUUUAGUAACAGUUAAACUACUAAAGACUCUUCUGUUUACUCUUGCAGCAUUGGCAGUGAGGGCGCUGGAUUGUUUCAACUAUUAGCUCUAUGACUAUUGGUUCCUCAAUUCCUGCUUACUAACUGAACAACAUUCUGACCAGCUUGUAAAGUGAAGACACUAUCUAGCUUAGGGGAGGAUAGAGUAAUGGCAGUAGUAAGAGUCUCCAUAUUUGUAUUUACUUUACUUCUUCAUGUUUCUAAGCUGUACAAAACACAACAGAAAUGGAUUUUUACCACAUGGGACCUUUAACACAUAAGGGAAUUGCAACUCAAAAUAAUGCUCUUGCUUGACGUCUCCAAGUACUGUACUGUAUAUAUGAAGCUCCUUUGGACCUGAAAAUCACCAGGAUAAGAACUCAGGCACACGACACCACAAAUAACGUGCCUUUGAUUGGCUCCUUACAGUAGUUGAGCCUGCAGUGCUCUAAAGUUACAGAAGCACAUUGCAUUCUUCAAACCAUAAAAAAAUGGAGGCCUCAUCUUGUAAUUUGAAAUUCUGACUUACCAUUGAGAAAAGCUGUUGGAGCAAUACAGUUCUCAUCUCGUAAUUAUGUGAAAAUUGGCAGAUUUUGGACAACUGCUCUUUAAUAGAGCAGGCAAAAAUGAUUAGGGAAGGACCACUUUUUGUACCAAUAUUGUAACUUCUAACAAUGAGAAGUUGGCUUUAUUGAGAAGAUUUUCUGACUGUAAGAGAGAUGAAGGGACUAGAAGAGAGAUGAAGAUACUACAUUAGAUGACAGGGACAGGUACAUGUAGGUUUACUUAUAUUCUUGCAUAGCUGUACCUAUCUUCAGAGCUCUGUAUGAGCUCUGGAGAAUGGUCUGACUGCACUGGUAAAAUACUUUGGUUGAUUGCACUUGUCUAAUGAUGGUAUUAAUUUAGUUGUGAUUAUUUGACACUAUGUCAUGAUUUUUAGAUACAGACGUCAUACUAAGAGAUAUAAUAUAGGCCUCCAGUUUUUUAUUUGGUGACUGCAGUGCACUCCUGUAUAAUACUGAAGGAAAAACUACCUCAGUAAACAUGCCACAAGUGUCUAUCAGUCAACAAAUAAAUCACCAUUUUGCUUUUUAUGUUGUAAUGUUCUCAUGAUUGUCUCUAUUGUACAGUCGGUUAAACUGUAAUAGCUCUGAGAGAAAAUUGCAGCCAGAUUAACUCUGACUCAUCAUGGCUCCUCUUUUGUCUGUAUCAUAGUUUUCUAUCUGUGCUACUAUCAGCUUCUGUUCACAAUGGAAACUUUUGUCAUUUAUAAACCAAUUGUACCAUUCA